AUGGUGGUCAUUAAUGAUAAUAAUAAAAAUAAUAAAAAUAAUCAAGCUGAAUGGAAUACGAUAAGAUAUCCAUAUAAAACAGUUUAUGGUCUACCAAAUUCAUUACGAUGUCUUGAAACAUUUUAUGAAACAAGAAAAUUUUGCUGUUUCGUUUGGAGUACAUUGGAUUGUGAACAAAAAAUAGCCGAAAAAUGUAAUAUAGAAUUUGCAAAUAAACUUGAAUAUGAUGCAAGAAAAUUAUUUCAAUCAAUGUGUAGUCGUAUUGGUUAUUCACAAAAUAGUAUGCAUUGUCGAUGGACAGCAGAACAAUUACAAAUUGCUAGUUAUAUAAUUGUAGGUUUGGUUUUCAUUCUAUUUAUUAUCUUUACAAUUAUUGGAUUAUAUAAAUAUAAUCAUCGUUCAAGUAAUAAUGCUGAUUUAGCAAAAAAAAUUGCUGGAAACGAUCAAUUAUCACGAAAAUCAUCAUUAUCAUCAUUAACAUUUAAAACAUUUUCAAAUGAUAGUUUAUCUAGAACAAGUUCAUCAUCCAAAUCAUUAUCAUAUAAAUUAGCAAUACCUGGAACAAGUUCAUCAGCCACAACAUUAUCUAAUUUUGAACAAUUGCCAAUACCUUCUCCUCCACCUCCUCCACCAUCUCCUUUAUCUCCAAUGACUAUUCGUACAAGGGAACCAGCACCAUCAUUGAAUUCGAUUAUUUCAAAAUUACUUCCUUACCAUCCGCAUCAAUUUUUGUUCUGUUGAAUU